CAGCAACUACAAGCAACAGCUACAAUAGGUUUCAACCAUGCGUUACACCCAAGCCUCUUCUGUAAUUAUGCUUAUGGUGGCCUUUGGAGCCUUUUUGGGCGACAAUUUCGCGUCCUCUGCACCCACCGCUGAGGAUCUCAAAGCUCAAGCGCCUCAAGGGCCAAUGCUGCCCCUUCGUCCCAUUGCUCAGACGCCAUUUCACGGCCCGUCGUUUAUUGUGGGUGGUGGACUUGCAGAUCGUUCGGACUCCAAGUGGACUGUAGCGUUGGUGACAGAUACCCACGGCCGUCUCUUCCAAUUUUGCGGAGGGACUCUGAUUUCUCCCAAGUUUGUUGUGACGGCUGCCCAUUGUGUCGCAGCCGGGUAUGACAUGUCAGCAGUGGUCGGGCGCUACCAACUCUCCGACGCGUCCUCGGGAGAGAUGAUUAAAGUCGCAGAGGCAUUCAUGCACCCGGAAUACGACCCACAGACAAUGCAAGGAGACAUCGCCAUCCUGCGCCUGGAGCGUGCUGUGUCCUCUGACAUCCCUACCUUGCCCCUCAUUCCUCCCACUAAGGCGAAGAUGGUCAAUGAAGGGCAGCUGGUUACAGUGCUCGGUUGGGGCCUGACAGAAGAACGGAGCCAAAAAGUUGAUUCGGUCAAGGGCGGCCUUCCGGUCCAAGGCUCAGGGACGGACGUGCUGCGGGCAGUCACCCUGCCUGUUGUCGCCAAUGCCAAGUGUAACGAAGAGUACCGUGCGGUCACCGCAAAGGAUUCGAUUCUUGACGAAGAAGUCUGCGCAGGUGUGGACCGCGGGGGCUUGGAUUCUUGCCAGGGGGACAGCGGAGGGCCGUUGACCGCCACGGUGAAUGGUAAAACCUACCUCUUCGGUGUGGUCUCAUGGGGCGUCGGGUGCGCGCGCGCCAAGGUACCCGGAGUCUACACGCGCGUCUCCUACCACGCGGACUGGCUGGCCUCCAAGAUGCUCUUGGAGGUGGCCACCGGCUCGGGUCGGGGCCUGGGCGCCGUCAACGUCCUCUUUGCAGGCGUGAACCGUGCGGCGGCUUUCUCUGUCUACAUCCGCUCGUUGGCCUCCAACGCCCUUGGCCUCACCCUAGGCUUUGCCAAAGGCUCGUCCUCGAAUUUCAAUAUCGACGAAUCUAAACUUUCCUUGCCGGCAUCGGGGGCCGUGGAGUCUGCGACAGUCUCUUACAAGUCCACCCGCGCCGAGGUCGCCUCCGCCGAGGUCUCUCUGCAAAUCAACGAGGGAGGUAAGCAGGUAGGCGAGCAAACGAUUGCACUGACGGCCUUCGCCCUGCCGGUGGCGGACUUUGGGAAGGCAUUUCCCGGCGAAUGGUUCUCCGGCGCGGACAGUGGGGCAAACGCGUGGGUGGUGGAUGGGGGCGAGAUCCAUUCCGGCAACACGCACGACGCGCAAACCAACGUCGCUUUGCUGUACCUGAAGGGCAGCGGUGUCCUGAAUUUCAAGUGGCGGAGUUCUUCCGAGGAAACCUACGACAUUGUCUACUUCUUCUUGGACAACGAGCCUGUGGAUGCCCUGACCGGGGACUCGGGCUGGCUGAGCAAAAGUCUUCUCAUCGAGGGGGAGGAGGAGGAGGAACAUACCGUGGCGUUUGCCUACGUGAAGGACAAGUCAAUGGGUAAGUACCAGGAUAAAGCCUUUGUAAAGGAUCUCCACUUUGGGGCCAUGGCAGAUGCUGGCAUGGAACGCUUCGCGCCUAUUCUCCCAAAGGGCAAAGCAGGGGCGCGUCCCGCCGGGAAGGUUGCCAAAGGACGAGGAUUGCGAGGCUCUGGCGACGAUGGCGUGGUCUCCGCGUGAGAGAGACAGCGCGGACGGGAACCCGGGCCAUGACCGCAGGGAAAAAGGGGUAGGAGGGCGAGUCAAUGUGGCGAGAGGAAGAAGCCUGCAAGGCCAACGCCAGCUGUGGAGACGGGGAAAGGGAGGGGCGGAAUCCGCGGGAGACAGUCAGGCGUCCCGCUCUCUGCACGCGCACUGGGGUCCAGUGCUGGCGGAAUUGGGUUGACGGGACAGGGCGAUUUAAAGUGGGGCAUAUCAAGGGCUGAGACAGAGGAGUUGAGGGCUAGACAAAGGUGGGAAAAUGCAUGCUGGAUAGGCGAGGUGCGAUGGUCGGUGGGUGCUUGUACAGGGAGAAAAGGGGCACAAAGGAGGGAGAACGCUUAGGAUUCACCCGCUUUCGAGGGUCUGGAAAGGAAUGAAUAGGGAAAGAGGAUCUUUCCUUGCGUUUCUUAUCCAGCAUACGCUCUAGCUGGCCCAUGUACGGUGGCUUGUAAUCAUAUGAUGGGUGACGCCAACACUAUAACGAAGAACAGAAGUCAAACUGAACCAUGAA